UUUCUAUAUUAUUAUCAUCUUAAUAAUAUUCCUACACCGUGAUUAAUUGAUAACUCUUAAUAACGAUUAAAUGGAGAUGUAAUUAAUCUAAAAACUAAACAUGGGAUAGUGUGUUACAAGUUGUUGAAAUAUUGUUUGCUUUUUGUACAAAUGCUCAAAGUGAACAGGUUUUUUCGAUUUUGGAGUAUUACAAUAUCGAAUUCGGCGGAUGUUACUGAAUAAUAAACAAUUAAGAAAAAUAUUGACAUUUAUUUAACUGACGAUUAAUAGUAUAUGAUGGGUUAGUUAGAGGGUUAUUGUUUAAUAUAUGGAGUUAUGAAGCUGAGUAUAGUGAUAACACCAGGCUGAUACUGCUGGGGAAUUAUCUUCAGCCCAUACACAAUUUAAAACAGUAAACGUUAUGUGGUUCAUUACUUAUAUUACAGCAUUUCUUAUUGUUCAUGUAACCUGCGGAAAAGAUAUUUACAAAGUUGGAAUUAUUCAUGACCAAUGUUCAACAUGGAUAGAAUUUGACAUAUCCUAUCAUUACAAGUAUCCGAAUGAUAACUCAGAGAUAAAAUAUGAAUGUUUAGAAACUCCAGAAGGCGAUAUGUACUUUGAAAAACUCACAAGUGCUUUUAAUAAGAUAAACCACACAGGAAUAUCAGCAUUGAUUGGACCAUUUAACGAAGCCUUUGCACAUGGUUGUGAGAGUGUCAGAAUACCAUUUCUUGUUACCUCAAUGGUCCCUUAUCAUUGGACUGAAUCUCCUUUUCUUAUACGUAUAGUUCCAGGUAUAGAUGUAUACGGUUCAGCUUUAAACGAUAUGUUAAUAUAUCUGAAAUGGAAAAAGCUUGGACUUGUUUAUGAUCAUCCACAAGUGCCACAUAUAUUUUCUGGAUUAGUGGAUAAAGAAACUGCUGACAUUAAGACAUAUAAUAUACUAAAUAAUUCCUCUAGUAAUAAUGUGAAAAGGAUUUUAAAAGAGCUUCGUGAUAAAAAUUUCGGAAAUUUUAUUUUAAUGUGUUCAUCUAAGAAUGCUGCUAUUGUUCUUACUCAGGCUUUAUACCUGAAUAUGUUAUCCCGUCCAAAUGCCUGGUUAGUGGUUAAUUUGGAUGCGGAUACAGUUGCCUUAGAGCAGUAUGAAGACUCCCGUGCCAAUCUUACAUCAUUGCUCAUUGUUAUGGAGAGAAAUUCUCGAUCAUGUGCCUUACAAUCAAACAAUCUUACUAACGCUGUCUUCUACGAUGCAAUGAACGUCUUAACUAAGUUAAUAGAUCUCAAUAAAAACUCAUCUCGAGUACAAAUGAGAAAAAAUUUACGAAAGAUAAGAAUAGACGGAUGCACUGGUCUUUUAGAAUAUACCAAGGUUGGUCUCAGAAGAGAGACUUUCUUUCAAAUGAACACACUUUCAACAGUACAAAAUGGAACGAUUCUAAAGUUUAUUGGGAAGCAAUCAGGAACGUGGCGUAGCGGGAAAUAUUUUAUGAAAGAUAGACUAUUGCCGUCCAAGUCAUAUCAGACGAUGAUGAAAAUGAGUAAUGACGUCUAUGGAGGGAAAACAAUGAUUGUCACUACAAAAAUUGAACCUCCAUUUGUUCAAUGGAAAAACAAAACAGAAGAUAAGAAUUUUACUGGUAAUUUCAAUGACCAACUAGAAGGAUUUAUCGUAAGCAUACUGGAUGAAAUUGCAAAAUUAUUAAAUUUCAAAUACAACAUUUCAUUAGUUCCAGACGGAAAAUUCGGCAGCAAAAAAUCAUAUGGAUGGACCGGAAUGGUCAAUGAAUUAAUUCAAAAGAGAGCAGAUAUAGCUCUGGCACCAUUCCAGAUAACACCUGGAAGAUCUGAGGUUGUGGAUUUUUCUAAACCAUUUAUGACUAAGGGAACUAGUGUGGUUGUUCGAAAGCCAGAACGCAGUGUAUCCCCAUUUCAAUUUUUACUACCUUUAUCAAAAAAUGUGUGGAUUUGUAUAUUCUUUUCAUUCAUUCUUGCUGCGUUAACAUUGCUUUCUACAAGUCGUAUGAAUUGUGAUAGACAAGAAAAGCGAAUGGACAAUGCGUUGGAAAGCUUUUGGUAUAUAUGGGGAACAUUGCUUAGAGGGAACCUUCAAGUGUCACCCAGAGGCAUUUCAAGCCGGAUAAUAAGUUGUGUGUGGUGGUUUUUCUCCCUUAUUGUGAUAUCGAUAUAUACAGCAAAUUUAGCCGCUUUUUUGACAAUAUCUAAUGCACACAUUCCUAUUGAAUCAGCUUCGGAUUUAGCUGAUCAGAGUAUAUAUAAAUAUGGUACUGUUGAAGGUAGUCAAAUUGAAGAUUUCUUUAUGCAGACUACUAUUCCUUAUUAUGAAAAAAUGUGGGCUGAAAUGAGUAUGUCAGGGAUAGUUCGUAGAGUUGAUGAUGGAUUUGAACGUGCUAUGAAGCACAAAUAUGCAUUUCUGUGGGAUUCGCCUACUGUGAGACAUAGAACUGCAGCAAAUUGUAGUUUGAUGGAGAUUGGGAACCCGUUUGACUUAAAAGGGUAUGGAAUAGCACUUCGGAAAAAUUCGCCUUUCACGGAGAGUAUUUCAUUGGCACUUCUUAAGUUGGACGAAAGAGGGGUCUUAUAUCGUUUAGAGGGCAAGUGGUGGAGAAGACCAAACUGUCCAGAUCCACGACAGAGUGCCAAAAGUAGAGAGAUAGAAAUCCAAGUUGCUUCAGGGAUGUUUAUUGUACUGCUUGCUGGUAUAGGACUGGCUGGCUUGAUGUUUGUUUGCGAAAUCUUAUAUUUUAAAUAUUUUGCAAAAAGAAGGAAAAAGAGUGUUGAAGAACGGGAAGAAAAUAAUGUAUCUAACACACAAAAUCACGUGGCAUCAUCUGCUGCUGAUGUCAAAGAAGAAGAAAUCCGAUGUAAAUUAGCAAGAACAUUGAGUAUUGGUGAAAAUUCUAUUCAUAGUAAAUGGGAAAGUUACGAUCAAUUAUAGCAUUAAUUAAGAUAAUCGUAUGCAUCAUUACACACAACUGUCAUAAUCUGAAUUAACAUCUUAUAUACAUUGUAAUUAAGCCAAAAAUCACUUUUUGAGCCAAAAUUGAUAUUUGUUUGCAAAUAUAAAUCAAGCUUUUUGACGAUUUUCUUUCUAAAACUUUAACAGGUCAACACCUUAAUUAUAUCGGCAAUUGUUGUUUAAAUAUGUCAAAGAAGAAAAAAUCCGGUAAAUAGAUUACUGAAUACUAAUAAAUAUAAGUUAUGAAUACAGAAAGAAUUAAUGUAAAUUUAAAUAAAUAAUACCAUGCAAACAAUAAGCAACUUCAAAAGAAUGUUAAAAAGGAUAAUUUAAAUAAAACAACUCAAAGAAAUGCAAUGUCUCUGUGACCAUUCGAUAUUUGCCAAACGUUUUCACAUUCAUUGUGACUUUUUAAAACUAUUUGUAUUAAUUGUAGAUUCCUAUAGAAUGUUUUUUUCAAGAUUGCAAAAAUAUGAAGUUACACAAUUAGUUGAAUAAGUACUUGUCUUCCAGAUAUGAAAAUUAAAUAAAAUACAAUAUAUGUAAAUAAUUAUGUCAAUUCUACACUUGGUCUCCAUAUUGCUUUUAGUUUAGUCGUUCGAAUAGCUGAUUUAUCUACAAAUUUAAUUUAAAUUUAAGUCCGGUUGACUCCUUAAUACUAAUAAAUAAAAUCAAAUCAAAUUCGUCUUCAAAUAAUAUUGCAUUUAUUGAUUUAUGAACGCAUUCAUAACACAUUGCAUAUAAACAAAAACGAUUAUAAAAUAAAAAACGAUAAAAAAAAAUCGCCAUGGAGCAAGCGAUGAACAAGCCAGCCACCCACCAUUUGAUUCUUUUGUCACACAUGAUAUAAGUAUAAAGCCUCUUUAUUCAUGUUUUCAUAGCAGGGUUGAUGAAAGAACAAUGUUUCAUUUCAUUUAAUUAUAAUUGAGAUUGUUCUAUGAAAUUUUAAUUCUCUUUUUCUUAGACUGCAACAUUUAAACAUUUGGCAGUCGUUAACUAAUAAUGCCUACUUGAAUGUUUAGUCGAAAUCUAUUGAUUUUUUUUUAGAAUAAUAUACAAUACAAACAAUCAUGUAGUGGGCAGACAAAAUCAUGACGCCAGAUCAGGUCAUGUCGAAGACAAAUAAUUAUCCUUAACAUCAUAACGUCAUAAAAGAACCAAUAAAAGCAUUAGGAAUAAUACAAUGGAAUAUAUAACGAGCCAAAAAUGAAACCACGGAUUAAGUUAUACCAAAUGGAAUAUUAUAGUCAGUCCCUUAUCUAGUAACCUUAAAUAAUCACUGGUAUAGUGUUUAUAUAUAGUGCUAUAUUAUGGAGAGAUUUUAUACAAAUAUUGCGUGUGACAAAAUGAUUCUGUUUAAACCGAAGCAAACUCAGAAGUAACUUGGAUUGGUGUCCGUCCAUUUUUGGUGCACUGGUCGACUACUAGUAUUACAAAUGAGAUGAAGAAAUACAACCAUGGUAACUUAUUUAUGGAUAAGCAAUUUUGCAGCUAUUGUCAAAAACAAUUUAGUAAAACAGUGUUUACUCUAAGAAAUAUCAUGGAUAAUAUUUUCAUGACAAUUUGGUUAAUAUUAUGAUGUACAAGACAACCUGACUUCCCUUAAUGCUUACAAAACGCGUUUUUAAUAUAUGCAUUGUUAGUGUAAAUAAAAAUAUCUUGUAUAGGUAUGCAAUAUAUAUGUAUAUAUACAUUUUAUACUUAAUUCAGGUCAAUCAUUUUCACUAUUUGUUUACUGCAUCAUUACCUUUAUUUCAAGUUUGAUGUUAGAAAAUUAGACUAUUGUAAAUAAUUCAAAAAUUACUUCGAUUGAAGUAAUAUAGAAUAUGUGCACAGGGAAUAUCUAUUUUGUUUUUAAUAUUCACAGGAACAAUAUUCCCCUGAGUUGUAGAAGGAAAGGACAUAACCGAUUGAAACAUUGGAAAUGAAUCUAUGUUUUAUUUUAUACCAAAAAACAACUAUUUGCAUUGAAGUCCCUUUUUGAAAAUCUAGUUUAAUACAUUUUAAUUUGGAUUUUCACAUCUAAUAAAGAUUCAUAUAAAGUAUAUAAAGUUCACCAUAAGGCAACCAUACAAAUUUGUAAACGAAGCAUACAACUGAUUAAAUAUGAAGUUCAAACUAUGCUUAUAAUACCGACUUGGGCGACAAUAGUUAGUUUGAUGAACACGCAACACACAGAUUCGGUACGUUUCUUCACGUAUUAACUUUCUCGGUAUAGUGUUGGAUUGAAAGAUGAGUUGGUUAUUUCGUUCUUUACGGUGUUACAGUUUUUUAAAUAAACAAUAGGAAUAUGAAUGUCAUCAAUACUGGAAGUAAGUAGAGAAGAUACCAAUCAAAACCCAUAAGUCAAAGAAAAAUAGGUAUCGCCAUGAUCGAACGAUAUACGCCCAAAAAGCAAACAACAGUCCAUUAAACACUACACAGAAAUUAAAGUGUAACAACACAAGCCCUGCAAAAAUAUGUACCCUGCAAGGUAACAUGCUUAUAAACAUAUGGUGUUGUAUGAUUCAACUGUGACUACUAUUAACCAAAUGAUGAGGAUGUUAACAGAAAUAGAACAUCGUACAACCAUAACAAAGAGCAAACACAUUUCCGUAUGGCAAGCUAUAAAGGUCCCGGCAAGACAAAAUUGUCGCUCGUGAUAAAAUAAUUGAAUAUCAAUGCCCAACCCAUGGUUAAAUGAAAACAAAUCUACGGCUGCCAUGAAUUAUUUCGAUCAUAAUAGGACAAAUUCUGUAAUUUUGUCAACCGUGAAAACCCUAUACACACGAUGCUGGUUUGGCUGUUCCGUUUUACCCCACAUAUAAUAAUAUUAAUGAUAUGAUAUUAUUCAAUAAUAAAUGAAAAAACUCACAUUCUUCACCUAAAUUUGUUCUUUUUUCUUUUUUUCUGAGGCGUACAAGAAGCCUUAAAACGCCCGGUGUUUAAAUUUGACACCGGAAGCAUACAUAUGACGUCACCUUGUUGAGUUCCAAAGACGAUAACAUCAUUUCGUUUUAUAACAUUUUACAUCGAAAUAAUAACUUAAAUGGACCGAUUUUUUAUUUUGCAUCAGAAUAGAAAUAACCGUAUUGCAUUCGAAUUUUAGCUUACGUAAAUAAAGGCAACAGUAGUAUACCGGUGUUCAAAAGUCAAAUCGAUAGAGAGAAAACAAAUCCGGGUUACAAACCAAAACCGAGGGAAACACACCAAUGAGAGGAAAACAAAGGAACAACACGAACACCGCAGUGCAAUAAAAACAAACGCCAACACACAUAGAAACGAUUUAUUUGAUAACAAAGAGCAAACACAUUUCCGUAUGGUAAGCUAUAAAGGCCACGGCAAGACAAAAUUGUUGCUCGUGAUAAAAUAAUUGAAUAUCAAUGUCCAUCAAUAAAACGUGGGAUUUACUGUCAAAAAUUGAGUUUACCUGGUUGUAUAAAUAAGAUAGGCGUAACGCGGAACAGCCAAUUGUGUGUUUCUAUGCGUCUGUGCUAAAAGUAGAUAUACUGGUUGACGAUAUAUAGGUCGUCAUAUUAGAAUGUAAAACAAUUCAGAAAAGAAAACCAACAGCCUGUUUUAACUUAGACAUUAAAUGAAAUAAACAAAUAUGGCUGACUACAAUAUAUGAUAUUAAUCUUGUCUACUUUUUCGAUAAAUUAUACUUCGUACUUUAUUUUGCCAGUUAACUUUCUAUUCAAGCGUCACUGAUGAGUCUUUUUUUAAACGAAACGCGCGUCUGGCGUACAAAAUUAUAAGUCUGGUAUCUUUUUUACAUGUAUCAUUUAAUGACAUUUAAUGAAUUUUGCAUUGUAGGACUUGGUACCAAAAUCUUCUUUGAAUAUUCAAAUAUUAUAAUUAUUGUUAACUGCUAUAGUAUAAAAAGCAACCAUCUUAAGGUACAUGUAGUAACAUAUGUUUUUUUAACAAUCAUAUUUAUUGCUCCAUGAAAACAAAAGUUAAAAUAUAUGUUUCAAGUAAUGUUUUACCCAUGUAUACUUGUGUAUAGUGUUUUCCUUAUGGUAGAUAUAGUAGAUAUUAUAUAGUUCCAAAAAUGUAUUAAUAAUGUGUCCAGAAAAGUGCCGAAUAGCGCUGUUCAUUUGUAGAAUUUCAUAGUUUUUCAAAUCCUAGUGUUAAUAUUAUGAAGUAGUAAAGGGAGUAGAGUAUCUUAUAUUUUAAAUCUAAUUCCUAUGUUUAUCGAUAUGUCAACGUUUGUUUCUAAGACCUUGUUUAAGACCCAUUUUCGGUGUGAUACAAUUAAAAUAAUGGAAAAUACCUCCUACAAAUGACAAUCCCAAAGUAGUCAAAAUAUCUUCCGUUAUUUGACGGAACAAUACGAAAACGCUUUGUAUGUCAUAGAUCAGAAUAUCUCAUAAUGCAUUGUUAAACUAAUAUUUACCGCUUAAAUAUAGCUUGAACAUUUGAACAUGUUAUUCUGAUAACCUCUGUGAGUACAAUGGUAUACGGAAAACAAUAAUAACAAAGUAACCCUCUGUCACAGCGAUACUGAAACACGUGGUUUACAUAGAAACGUCUAAAUAUGUACCGAAUUAUCUUUAAAAGUUAUAAAAAGUAACGUAAUAAUUCAAGGAAAUAGUAUUCCCUUUUCAAAUUUAAGUUGAACUUGCUUUUUGUAUGAAAACUGUUAAUUAAGAGGUUUUUCUUUUACUAACAUGCGUUGUUAGCAACGUCUGCAUGUUUUUCUAUUGAAUGAAAUCUCGUGUUUGUUACUCACAAGCAUUCAAUUAUUGAACGUUAGAAGCUGUUUUUCAUCCAUUUUCCUGAAUUUUAUAUUAAAAAAAUAUAAUGUUGUCACUAUAUAAGAACUUUAUUUGGUAAAUAUGCUUUAAAUAUAAAAAAAAAUCUUUAUCGUUUAACCUUUGUUAUCAUAUAGAAAAUCAGUCAAAAUGAUUUUGUUCAAAAACUAUAUCGACUUUGUGUUGUGUUACAAUUUCAUGUACAUAGAAUUUUUGUAUUGUAUAGUUGAUGUAUGUGUAUGUUAAUCUUUUACAUUUACCUCAUGUUUUAAUGAUUGUUAAACGUUCUCGUGAACCAAUGAACUUGCAAAUUUGUUUUUAUUUUUCAUGCAACCAUACGUUCAGGCGAAUGUUUACUUCAAGAAACAAUCAUAUCACUCAUAUUUUAAGACUGUGCCUUACUCACAAAUGAUUUAAUUAUGAUUCAAUGAAUAAAGUCUUCAUGCAAAA